AUGAUGUGCUGGAGCAGCUGUGCCCUCGCCUGCCUGCAAUUCUUGGGCAUCGUUCAAGCGGUACACCGUGAGUCUCCCAAGCUCUGGAAAAAGGCCAUGCUGUUCUCCAAACACAACAUAUCAGUGAGCGCCACUAGCGUGAACAGCCCCAGAGGAAAAGUAGAAUUCCUGCCGAUCACCAUCCAGGGCUACGGCAGCCUCCAGGCCCCACUCCAACACCACCGUGCCGGUCUUCUACACAACCUUCGCCAGCCUCUGUACGGGCACCAAGACCACGACUGCCUCGGCGAUGACUACUUCGUCGGCCACACUUACCCAGCGCAAUACAAGUCUGGAAAUUAUAAUACUCUCCGCGUCUUAUCAGCUGCCCGGUUGCGCUGCAGACUACUACCUUAG